AUGUUCGACAAGCUUAGAGAUGAUUCAAAGGAUGAGAAGGACUCGCUUGGUCUCGACACAACGAUGGCAUACCUGCAAGACUUGGGCGUCAACCUCGAAAAUGCUGAGCUUCUUGUCGUUAUGGAGCUUCUCCAAGCACCUUCUGUCGGCGAAAUCACGAGAAAAGGCUAUGUUGAUGGCUGGAAGGCGACUGGUGCUGCGACGCGUCAAGCGCACGUUGCUCACAUCAAGUCGUUGGUGAGCAGUCUGUCAACCGACCUGGCGUACUUCAGAAAGGUGUAUCGCCACACCUUUGUCGCCAGCAAGGAGCCCAACCAGAAGGCUCUCAACCUCGAGAUUGCCAUUGUCUACUGGAACGUUCUGUUCUCACCCCCUGGCUGGCUGUGGAAGACCAAGAACCAUGACUGGUUGCAGCUGUGGUUGAAGUUCCUCGAGGAGAAGUGGACAAGGUCUGUCAAUCGCGACAUGUGGAACCAGAUCCUCGAGUUUGCGACCAAGACGAUGGCGGACGAGACAUUGUCGUUCUGGAGCGAAGAUGGCGCGUGGCCAAGUGUGAUUGACGACUUCGUGGCUUGGUGCAAGGAAAAAGGAGUUGGCAAGGCCGAGACGAUGGAUUUGGAUGCGUAA